AUGGCCAGGCAGCAGAGGACUCCGGCGCGCAGUCCCGACAACAUCGUCGAGGUGAAGAGCAAAUUUGAUGCUGAGUUCCGACGCUUCGCCCUGCCCCGCGCUUCGGUGAGUGGCUUCCAAGAGUUUUCGCGGUUGCUGCGUGCAGUGCACCAGAUCCCAGGCCUGGACGUGCUGCUUGGCUAUACAGAUGCUCACGGCGACCUACUGCCCCUCACCAACGAUGACAGCUUGCACCGGGCCCUGGCCACUGGGCCCCCACCGCUGCGCCUGCUAGUACAGAAGCGGGAAGCUGACUCCAGUGGCCUGGCCUUCCCAUCCAACUCUCUGCAGCGGCGCAAGAAAGGGCUUCUACUUCGGCCAGUGGCACCCCUGCGCACCCGGCCACCUCUGCUGAUUAGCCUGCCCCAAGAUUUCCGCCAGGUUUCUUCAGUCAUAGAUGUGGACCUACUGCCUGAGACCCACCGACGGGUGCGCCUGCACAAGCAUGGCUCCGACCGCCCCCUGGGUUUCUACAUCCGAGAUGGCAUGAGUGUACGUGUGGCUCCCCAGGGCCUGGAACGGGUUCCGGGCAUCUUCAUCUCCCGCCUGGUACGAGGGGGCCUGGCUGAGAGUACAGGGCUGCUGGCAGUCAGUGAUGAGAUCCUCGAGGUCAAUGGUAUUGAGGUGGCUGGGAAGACCUUGGACCAAGUGACGGACAUGAUGGUCGCCAAUAGCCACAACCUCAUUGUCACUGUCAAGCCAGCCAAUCAGCGCAAUAACGUGGUGCGUGGGGCAUCUGCGCGUCUGACAGGGCCUCGCUCUGCUGGGCUUGGGCCUACUGAGGCUGAUAGCGAUGACGACAGCAGUGAUCUGGUCAUUGAGAACCGCCAGCCUCCCUGUUCCAAUGGGCUGUCUCAGGGGCCUCCGUGCUGGGACCUGCGCCAGGGCCAUCUACUUCCUGGUGCCCGCAGCUCUCUGCCCUCCCUGGAUGAUCAGGAGCAGGCCAGCUCUGGAUGGGGGAGCAGCAUGCGAGGAGAUGGUAGUGGCUUUAGCCUCUGACAGGCAAGGAUGCAGCCCCUCGCCACUCCAGGCUGCUGGGACAUGGCAGGGACCUCCCCGGUGGGGGUUUCUAGCUUG